AUGGCCGUGAAUAUACCAGAAUUACUUGAAACUAUUAAAAUUAUAAUGGCUCAUGAAAGUCCAUGGAUAUCUAAUGUUGUAAGAGAGGGCAGUGUACAAAAGACACCAAUUGAUGGUACAAGAGAAAGGAAAGUUAGACGAGGAGAAAUAGAAGAAGUAGAAAUUUUUACAAAAAGUUCAAUAAUAGAAACAUUCUCACUAUCAAGUUUUGAAAAUGAUGGCGAAAGGUAA